GAGAGGACGCCAUUUUGACAGCCGCUCCGCUCGUGUUUGUUGUUGGGCACCGAGUGAUUUGAGUCAAACGGCCCCGGGCGGCGGCGGCGCCUCGCGACACCACCACCACCACCACCGGCAGCACCGGGAUCAGACCCUUCACCACUCCUUACUUCUGUUUUACAUCUCCUGCCCGUCACCGCCUCCGCCUCCGAGAUGUUUUCCCUGUCGACGUUUCAGCCGCAGGUAACUGUCCCCCUCAGCCAGCUGAUCAGCACCCUCCAUUCCUUUACAAGUUCAGCAACCUCAGUCAGUUCGGCAUCUAUACAGUGUCUACAACGCGAAGUGUUUCAGGAGCGUGAUGCACAAAGUAAUGAGCCUAUGUUAAACCUGAGGGAAUUGGGACUGUCCGAUUUAAGAUCCAGCCAAGUUGAUGAAUUGGUCAACAGAUUGCUUCCCUGUUUAACUUCAGUUGAAGAAACCACUGCUCAGUCAUCACAGUGGCAAAUAUCCCAUGUUUCAGCACAGUCCUUCUUCGAAAAUAAACAUGGAUUUUCAAGCAACAUGUUCAGCACCCUGCGUGCUUCCCAGCUUUAUGGACAGCAUUCCAGACCACUGCACACUUUGUGCUCAAACCUCCGUCUGUUGCCAAACUUGGAACAGAGACGUGGAUUUAAGACUCUGAAGUCAAGAACAAGGCGCCUGUCGGGAUCUGAUAGGGUGGCUGAAUCCGAAAGCGUUACCCCUUCAUUUAUGAAGGGUCUUCUAUUGAGGGACCGAGGGCGAGAGGUUGAGAAUUUGGACAGCUUGAUUAAAACAAAAAAUAUUCCCGAUGCUCAUCAUGAUGUGUUUAAAACUGGGUUUGCAGAAGGUUUUCUCAAAGCACAGGCUCUUACACAAAGAACAAAUGAUUCCUUACGAAGAACAAGGCUGGUUCUUGUGUUUCUGCUACUGCUUGGCCUUUAUGGGCUGUCGAGAACUCCAUUUUUAUCUGUGCGAUUUCGCACAACUUCAGGACUGGAUGCAGCAGUGGAUCCCAUUCAUAUGAAAAAUGUUACCUUUGAACACGUGAAAGGGGUAGAGGAGGCAAAGAAUGAACUGCAAGAAGUAGUAGAGUUUUUGAAAAACCCUCAAAAGUUCACUGUGUUAGGGGGCAAACUACCUAAAGGUAUUCUUCUAAUUGGCCCACCCGGGAAUGGAAAAACUCUUCUUGCGAGAGCUGUUGCAGGUGAAGCUAAUGUACCAUUCUACUACGCAUCAGGAUCCGAGUUUGAUGAGAUGUUUGUUGGUGUUGGAGCUAGUAGAAUAAGAAACUUAUUCAGGGAGGCAAAAGGAAAUGCGCCCUGUGUCAUCUUUAUUGAUGAGCUCGAUUCUGUUGGUGGAAAGAGAAUUGAAUCACCCAUGCACCCUUAUUCCAGGCAAACCAUAAAUCAAUUGCUUGCAGAGAUGGAUGGUUUCAAGCCCAAUGAAGGAGUCAUCAUAAUAGGAGCAACAAACUUUCCUGAAGCAUUGGACAAUGCUCUUGUACGCCCAGGUAGAUUUGAUAUGCAGGUAACAGUUCCCAGGCCGGAUAUAAGAGGGCGAAUAGAGAUUCUAAAGUGGUAUCUUGACAAAGUUAAGGUUGAUCCAGCGAUUGACGCAGAAAUAAUUGCGAGAGGUACAGUGGGUUUCUCAGGAGCAGAACUCGAGAAUUUGGUAAACCAGGCAGCCCUAAAAGCAGCUGUAGAUGAAAAGGACCAAGUUACAAUGCAGGACUUGGAAUUUGCUAAAGACAAAAUAAUUAUGGGUCCAGAGCGCAGGAGCAUCGAGAUUGAUGAGCGAAACCGAAGAAUUACAGCCUAUCAUGAAUCUGGGCAUGCCAUUGUAGCUUACUUUACCAAAAGUGCUAUGCCUAUUAACAAAGCCACAAUCAUGCCGAGAGGACCUACUCUGGGGCAUGUAUCAUUGUUGCCAGAAAGUGACCGAUGGAGUGAAACACGAGCUCAGCUGCUUGCCCAAAUGGAUGUCAGCAUGGGUGGGCGAGUAGCGGAAGAACUGAUCUUUGGAACUGAACAAAUUACGACAGGUGCUUCCAGUGAUUUUGAUAGUGCGACCAAAAUAGCCAAACUGAUGGUUACAAAAUUUGGAAUGAGUGAAAAGCUUGGAGUCAUGACUUACACUGAAUCGGAAAGAACAAGUCCAGACACGCAAUGUGCCAUUGAACAAGAGAUCAGGAUACUGCUGAGGGAGUCUUAUGAACGAGCAAGGCAACUUUUGAAGACUCAUGCAAAGGAGCACAAAACACUAGCAGAAGCUUUAUUGCAGUACGAGACAUUGGAUUUUAAAGAGAUACAAAUGGUUCUCGAGGGAAAGAGGCUUGAAUUGAGAUGACCUUCUCUGGGAAUAGUGACUUGAUCCAUGACAAUUAACCUGGCUGUAUAUAAGUGGAAGAACGGUAGCCCCCUGAACGAAUGCUCUUAAGCGGAUUUAUUCUAAGGGCAUUGUUAAUAUUGUCAGUUGAGGUGAAUUACGCAGUUGGAAUGACCUAAAAGUUGUCCCCUGGAAAUGUUUUUCACAGUAGCUUAACUGUGCCCAUAGAAUAAACAGAUGAGUUUUUAAGUGAUUGUACAUUUAUGAACAUUUUACCCCACCCUCUUCACUCCCCACCCUGAUUUGAAUUUAGAAAUGGCUGUUACAAUGCACAAUGAGUGCUGCGAGCAUUGGAUCAUUCUCUACUAUUAUUUUGAUAUAUUUAAGUUUAUUUGUGCACGCAUAGCUGAGAUACAAUUUGGUGAGCAAGAGCAAUUAAUACCAGAUAUAAGGAGAUAUCUCAGGGCUGCUUUCAUUGUUGAAUCAUUCAGGUAUAUGUCGUGACUUGUAUUUAUCAUUUGGAUUGCCACUAGGCAUUCGAGCCUUCCAUUAUCGUUUUCUCUAUUCCAGAUAUUUCUGAUGAUAGUAACUAAAGGGGGAAUUCAUGCAGAAGAUAGGGAUGUGUAGAGGCUGUAGAAUUUUUGUUUCGCUUGAAUUAUUACUAGCUACAAGAACUCUCAUUUUGCUUUGUCUUAAAUGUAAGUGGGUACUGGGCCAUAUGUGUAAACGCAGGAGUUGACAAAUAAUCACUUCCCAUCUACUGUGCUGUAUUGUAAGCAUUGGAAACAGUACAAUGUAUAGAAAGCUUAAAUUCUUUAUUGAAGUUGUACCUUUUAUUUUGAAUAAGCAGUAAGGAGUUUUGAAUUCAAGAUUUCUAUUGGCUCCUGCUAAAAUAAAGAGAUCUCAUCA